UAAUUGUCAAAUUCAUAGUUUCUCCAGGUACUGGCCGUCAGUUUUUCUCGUCAGCUGGGUUUGCUGUGUAGUUUCUGAGCUGCUUAUGGCGGCUUAUGGAUCGGCGUGGAUGUGGCUGAUGUUGAUGAGGUCUGGUGUCCAGAUCCACCCCAGAAGAGGAGACCGAAGCUGAGACUCUCCCGGUAGAAGUUCAAGUCAAACAUGGGUGUAAAAAAGAAGAGAUGCGCUGCAUUGGGCUGCACAAGUUUCAAAGUUCCAGGAGAUGACAAGCUAAUGUGCCCUUUUCCUCAGCCAGGAGCAAGGCAAAGAAAGUGGAUUCUUUUGUCUGGCAAUGAAAAUCUUUUGAAGUUGAAUGCGAGGCAAAUUCAUCUAAAUAGGUACCUGUGCCCCAAACAUUUUCACCCAAGCCAGUUCACAAAUAAGUUCCACAUCAAACUGCGCUUAAAUGCUGAACCCUCAGAGUCACUCUUUGCCAACCCUCUAUUAAGCGAUAAAGUCAUGCAGAAAUAUGAUCAUCCAGAUGUAUUUGUUUUUAGUGGAAAUGAUGAUGAUAGUGAUGACAAUGUGGGGUGUAGUGCAGAUAUUUUCCCUAUUCAUCUUGGCAGCUCACCCUUGACACCACCUUCGAGUGAUGACACUCAAGACACCACUAUGGACAGUACAGAAAAUGUACCUGAUCAGGACCACACUGGAAAACGCCCUCUUGAAACUUAUGAUGAUGAUGAUAGUGAUUUUGAGCCAGAUCCUAAACAUCCUCACAUGAACUUUCCUCAACCAACAUCACCUCGAAGGUCAUUGAUAUCUACUGGGGCAAGAGAGAGAGAAGGAACACAGCGCCGAAUUGGAUUGAAGGAUCUUGCACAAAUGUCUGGUGUGAGUUACAAUACUGAAGAUCAAAAUGUUCAUAAAGUGCUGAAAACUGCCCAACAAUAUAGAUUACUGGCCACAGAAUUCAGAAGGAAAUUGUCAGUUGCUCAGCGCUUGAACAAAGAGCUCUCCAGGACACUGAAUGAUAAGACCAUCAAUAUUCUCAAUGAGCUUGUUAUAUCAACAGUGUCCCGGACUAUCCUUGAGGGGGAGAUGAAAAAUUUUAAGGUAAAGCCCCAUGGCAGGCGCUGGUCACUCCAGGACAAACUCUUCUGGUUGUCCGUUAUGAAAAGAGGACUCAGGGCAUUCAGAUUCCUCUCAAAAUAUAUGACAAUUCCUAGUGAAGCUUCAUUGAAAAAACUCUUAAACAAAGUCAACCUUCAGCCUGGAAUUUCUCAACCUUUUCUUGCUUUGCUUCAGAAAAAGGUGGAGUCCCUGAAAGCCCGAGAUCGCCAGUGUGUCCUUUUAUUUGAUGAGGUCUUCUUACGUGGACGAUUAUUUUAUAGUAUUCGACAAAAUCUUGUGAAUGGCUUUGAAAAUUUAGGGCAGCGGGGGAGAACUAAUUAUGUUGCGGACCAUGCCUUAGUGUUUAUGGUGCAAGGCCUACAUGUAAAGUGGACUCAACCUGUUGCCUACUAUUUUGUAAGUAAGACCUGCCCAUCUGCUCUGUUAAAGCUUUUAAUUGAAGACGUUGUCAAGGCACUUACUGAGAUUGGCCUCACAGUAAAAGCUACGGUUUCAGAUCAGGGCCCCACAAAUAGGACUGCAAUUGCUGAGCUGCGCCAGAAGAAUGGUGAUGGUAUUAUGUAUUCUGUAGGUAAACAGAGGCUUGUGCAUAUUUGGGACAUGCCACAUAUCCUGAAGAACAUAAGAAAUAAUCUGAUCACCAGCGAUUUGGAAUUUAAUAAUGGAAAAGUUGCCAAAUGGCAUCAACUGAUAGAAUUUUAUGUAUAUGAUCAGUCAAGAAUUAAAUUAAGUUCUCUAACAAUGCGGCAUGUCAAUCCCAAGGGCCGAGAUAAGAUGCGGGUUUCGUAUGCUGCUCAAGUGCUUAGUUCUUCUGUUUCCAAAUUUAUCAAGGCUAUUGUCUCCAUCAGUGAGGGGAAGAAAUUCUCGCACUGCUUACCCUUUGCUGAGCUCUGUGACGACAUUGAUACGUUCUUCGACCUCUGCAAUGGGCCCAAAACAAAUGAGGAUUCCAAAGAAAACCAGAAAAAGUUCAGAGUGAAUGUUUCAGCCAAUUCUCCCCACAUCAAGGAGGAAAUGUGGAAAACCAUGCUUUCUAAGCUGCAGACUUGGACUUUCAUCAGAAAGAAAGAUGGUGUCCGACACAUACCUCCUUGUGUGCGGGGAUGGAUUGAAAACAUAAAGUCAUUCCGUGUUUUGUGGUGUUCAGUGAAAGACAAUGUGAAAGUGUUGAAGAUGCGGAAUAUUAACCAAGAUGCUCUUGAAAAUUUUUUCUGUCUCAUCCGUCAGUGUGGAGGUAGUAGCUCUGACCUCACCUUAGCUCAGUUCACUGCUGCCAUGAAAACGUGUCUUAUAAGCAGAUUUUCUAGGCAUGUUAGUGCUGACGGUAAAAAUUGUCAGGAUGAUGAGUCGCACAUGGCUUCUGACUUAAGUGAGUAUCUUUUAACUAAUGAAGAAUCCACAGCUGCUCCACCAGCCAGUAGAACUAUUAUUGCACAGGAGAUCAAGACUACACAACAAGGAGAUAGAUGA